AUGUAUUCAAGUACUAAGAACCUGCAACAUUAUUCAAUAUUAGAUCAGAAAGAAUUCAAUACAAGGUAAAAUAAUUCAAUACAAGGCAGAAAAUAAUACAAUUCCAUUGCAAUGCAGCAAACUUAUGAUUUUAAGAACAUAGAUAUUGUAACAAACCUUCAGGACAUUUAUGAACUUCUGACAGUGUGGUAGCCAAAACAUUGACAUCAACAAAUCUAUAACUGUGCUAUUAAUAAACUCGUUAUUCUGAUCAUCAUCACCACUAAAGUCAGUGCUAUCAGUGUAAAAACCUCGAUCACUGAGCUUAUGUCUAGAUGCUCCAAUAGGGGUUGAUAUUUGCCCUGAACUGUCUUCAGUGCUUGUGCUAGUUGAUGGUUGUCCAACGCUUUCGUGGCCUCUUAUACGAACGGUUUCAUCUUCGUUUGGUGAGAGAAAGGCUUACCCUUUCUUGUAGUAACUAGUUCUAAGUUUCUUUCCAACCAUAUUUUAAAGAAACUGAUGAAAAAACGCGAUUAUUUUUGUAAUUUUUGACAAUACACAAUCUGAGGAUUUAAACCUGUGAUUUUCAGCAAAGAAUAUGCACAACAAACCAGUGUGACCAGGUUUAGUACAUUUUAUUACCAGAUCCGGUUGGAUGCCCUUAGACAACCCCACCUGCUUUAAACAACUGCAACAUUAAGAACAGGAGGGGGAAGCCAACCAAUUUUAAGCAGCUUUAGUAAAAAAAUUUGCAUAUAUGGUCACACUGCAACAAACGCAUGUUCUUAGUGUGUAACCGCGGCUACAUGCUUUCGAAAGUGAGCCUGUAUUGUAUUUUUGUAUUGUGGAAGGGGAGGGACAAAAAUAACGGUGGAAACAAAGCAAAAUCAAUGAUGCUUAUUCUCGUUGUCAUGGAAACGAAAUUUCAAAAAAUGAAUGCCUGUGUUUAAAGUGUAUAUGAAAUGAAAAUUUUGAUAUCGGGUUUUGCAUUUUCUGAAAAUUUGGUCUUUUCCAAUCAUAAAAAUACCAACCUUGUUGAAAAAUUUGAACCAGAAGUUUGUUAAUUUUACGAUUAAAGUUCGCUUUUUCAACUAUCUACUGGCGAAAUUCCUGACAUUCCAUCGCACGGUCAGUGACGUAUGCAGUAUGACACAGUGCAAUCUUUCGAUAUGUAAACACUAUGAAAAUUAUAGCUUCGUCUGGGUAGAAUUGGGUUUUUGAGAGAUUUUGAAGAAAAUUGAAACAAAUCCACUUUCUGUACACUUCGCUUUCAAUCUAUAGAUACAAUAUAAUUACAACAUGACGAGUUGUAGCGUAUAAGCGUCCGAAAAUUAAAAUGCAAAUUCGAUGAGACAAGAGACUAUGUCUACGUUGUAGGUUUCAGACCACAUAUUAUGUAGAUAGGCUUAGGCUAUAGCUGAUAUUGAUUAUGGCAAACAUUGUAGUAACUAGUGUAAGCAUAACAUGGAAAUUAAUACUAAAUAUCUACAUUUACUGACAUGCCAUAGCAUGAGUAUGGACCAUUCCAAAACUAACAAAUUUUGAAUUGUAUAUAUAUAUAUAUAUAUAUAGUAUAUUGCGUAUAUUGCUUUAUUGCUUUAUCUGUCAGCUGUGGGUCCACUUGUUUGUGUAUCGUUGCGGUGUAUCGACCACCUCCAUCAAAGAAAAAUGGCUUGUCUGCAGACAUUUUCUUCAAUGAGUUCCCAAUUAUCAUUGAGAAUCUGGCCGCCCUGCCUGGUCGAUUGCUAGUGGUUGGUGAUUUCAAUUUCCAUCUUGAUAAUGUUUCAACAAACCGUGAUGCCAUCCUGUUUCUUGAUCUUUUGGAUUCUAAUAACUUGAUACAGCAUGUUGAAACCCCAACUCACAACCGUGGUCACCUUCUUGAUCUCGUGAUUACUCGCAACUCAGAUACUGUUAUAUCCGAUAUAAGCUCAUCAUUGCAGCUUCCCUCAGAUCAUGCUGUAAUUACUGGUCGAAUCUCUGUUCCCCGCCCUAAAUCCACAAGAAUGUUUGUGAACCACCGAAAACUUCGGAAUAUUGACUUGUGUGCUUUUGCCCAAUCUAUUUGCGCAUCGUCUAUCAUCACUGAACCUUGCUCCGACCUGGACUCGUUAGUCCAUCAAUACAAUACUGACCUAACGAAUGUUCUGGAUAUGCAUGCUCCUGCACGCCCAAGAUUCGUCACCCUCCGACCGCAUGCUCCAUGGUUUGAUGAUUCUCUUCGAGAGGCUAAGGCAAAGAAAAGGAGUUAUGAAAGGAAAUAUAGAUCUUCUGGUCUUGAAAUUGAUAAACAGAUUUUUAGAGACUAUUGUAACAGCUAUUAUCGUUGUCUGAACGAUGCAAAAACAUCAUACCAUCGAAAUCGUUUUAGUAAUGUUGACCAGCGGUCUCUUUUUCGUGAAGUAGAAAAGAUGACCAGUGGAAAAAGGACAAACAUUUUCCCCUCUUCUCUGGUUGACCCAGCCGAUCAAUUCUUAACUUACUUUAAUGAUAAGAUUUGCAAUCUUCACAGUAAAUUAUGCGAACUUCCUGUCUUAGAACCAAAUAUUUAUCUCCCUCCAUGCACAUGCAGCUCAAGUUUUUCAUCUUUCUUGCCUGUAACAGAGACCUACAUUAAGCAGAUUGUUUUGAAAUCCCCUACAAAGUUUUGUGAAUUAGAUCCAAUCCAAACUGUGGUUCUGAAACAAUGUCUUCAUGUGGUCUUAACACCUAUUACGAAUAUUGUUAAUUUAUCUUUGGGCGGUGGUUCCAUGCCAGAUGCUUUGAAAGUUUCCCAACUUGCACCUGUCCUAAAGAAAAUAUCGAUGGAUCCUGAAGAUAUGAGUAGUUUUCGUCCAAUCUCAAAUUUACAGUUUAUCUCGAAGAUGAUCGAACGAGUCGCAUCUCCCCAACUUAUCGAUUAUCUAAUGGAAAAUAAAAUAUAUCCAAAUCUCCAAUCUGCGUUCAGAAAGGGAUAUAGCACUGAAACAGCUCUUUUACGUGUUCAAAACGAUCUCUUAGAGGCACUUGAUUCUGGCCAUCAAGCUCUUCUAGUAAUGCUCGAUUUUUCUGCUGCUUUCGAUACAAUUGACCAUCAAAUUCUACUUGGCCAUCUGAAAUCUCGCUUUGGAAUUUGUGGUACAGCUCUAUCCUGGUUUCGGUCAUAUCUCACAUCUUGA